AUGUGGAUUGCACAAGGUUGUAGAUGUGUUAAGUCACUGAAAGUGGCGCCUAUAAAGUUCCUGCUAUCAAACACGAGUAUACACAGCCGCCUGGCCUCGAGACAGCUGUUAACUUCAGUCCGCUCCGGUAGCAAAUAUGGUUUUGAAAAGGGUUAUAAGCUGCGUGACAUUAUUAAAUCAAAUGGCAUAGUUGCAAGAUUUUGUUCAUCGUCACCGAAGCCAAAGCAAUCUAAGGCGGUUGGCUACUGGCUGCUCGGGUGCAGUGGCAUGGUUUUCACAGCGGUAGUACUAGGUGGAGUCACGCGUUUGACUGAGUCCGGUCUGUCGAUGGUCACGUGGAAGUUACUCGGAGAGAAAUUACCGCGGAGUGAAGACGAGUGGCAGACGGAGUUCGAGAAAUACAAACAGUUCCCUGAAUAUAAAUAUAAAAACAUGAACAUGACGCUAUCUGAAUUCAAGUGGAUCUGGUACAUGGAGUACGCCCAUCGAACAUGGGGCCGUGCUAUAGGGGCGGCGGUGUUCUUGCCUGCCGCCUUUUUCUGGGCCCGGGGGUAUCUGGACCGGGGGAUGAAGGUCAGGGUGGGAGCCUACUGCGUGCUGGUGGCUGCCCAGGGUCUAAUGGGUUGGUAUAUGGUGAAGUCCGGUCUCGAGGACCGGUUCCAGGGACCGUCAGACGUGCCAAGAGUAUCCCAAUAUCGUUUAGCAGCACAUCUCAGUUUAGCCUUCAUUUUGUACACGGGGCUGAUAUCUGGAGCCCUAAGGGUGCUUCGCCCCUUCCCCUCUUCAGCUACGUUAGCUAAAGUCAAGGGGUUGGCUAGCCUUACCGCACUUGCGCAUACAGUAAAGGCUAUGGUGUUCCUUACCGCUGUUUCGGGAGCGUUCGUAGCUGGUCUCGACGCGGGUUUGGUUUACAACUCAUUUCCAAAAAUGGGAGACAACUGGAUACCGGAUGACAUCCUGUCAUUCACGCCCAAGUUACGUAACAUCACGGAGAAUCCCACGACGGUUCAGUUUGACCAUCGGGUCCUCGGGACCAGUACAUUGGUGGUGGCCAGUAUGGUCGCACUGCUGGCCAGGAGGAGGCCGCUGUCUCCAGCUGCCAGGAGGGUGGCCACGGCGGUGGGGGCCGUGGCCUGGCUGCAGGUGUGCCUGGGUAUCUCCACCCUACUGACGUACGUGCCCACCCAGCUGGCCGCCAGCCACCAGGCGGGCUCCCUACUAUUGCUGACUCUGGCGGUGUGGCUCACGCACGAGAUCAAGAUACUCAAGUACAUACCCAAGUAGACGUGGGGGUGGAAGAGAUUGGGGGGGGGGGCUACUACAUGGCGAUGUAGCUCACACACGAGACCGAGAUAGUACUUACCCAAGUAAAUAUGUAUGUGAGGGGGGGGGGGUGUCGACCAUAUUAAUGGGGCGCUACUGC